UUUACUCAGCACUUAUAAAUGUAACAUUUUGUGAUAGAAAUCUAGCUUUCUAUAGAGUUUUGGAGUUAAGCAUAAAUAUAAUCUGGACUCAAGCAUAAAAAUAAUCUUCUAAUAUCAUUCCACAGUGGAAUUUACUAUUGCAACAUCAGAAGAUGGAAAGUUGGUCAGUUGAUCAAGUCUGCAACUGGUUGAUUCAGAGAAAUUUAGGAGAAUUAGUUCCUAAAUUUCGUGAGGAAGAAGUGAGUGGAGCAGCUCUUUUGGCUCUGAAUGAUCGUAUGGUGCAGCAGCUAGUAAAGAAGAUUGGGCAUCAGGCAGUACUAAUGGAUAUGAUUAGCAAAUACCGCCAACGAAAUAAUGAAUUAGAAUCCCUUACUUACAGUUGUGACACAGUCCCUCCAACAUCUCCAGAAGCAAUCAGUGGGACUAAUGAUGUGCAAGUGUUCAAUCCCUUUGGUCCUACAGAGAAGACCCUUUAUUUUUCUCCAGCAGAAAAUAAAGAAGGAUUAAUUGACCGAAGAGUCUUAAAGCAUAAAAAAAAUAUGAAGCCUGUUUUUGCAAGAUAUAAGACACUGCAGUGGACAAAUUCAUACAUUUUGCCUGAGUUCCCUUAUGAUGUCAAAUGUAUAUUAGCAGAAAGAAAGUGCCCUGACCACAGCAUGCGAAUAAGGAUUAUUGAAUUUUUACAGGCAGACAUGACAAAAUACCUGGAAGGAUCACUAUAUCCAAACAGUCAGCAGUAUAACGUUGUUGUCAAUGCACUGCUACAGGCAUAUCCAUUUCUUGAUGAGGAUGGGAAUGGUUUUUUGCUAUGGAAACGAGCCCUUAAAGAUCGCUUCAAAUAUGUGCGGAGACCAAUUGAAGAUGAUGAGCAGGUUCUGAGGAACAAAUGCAAGUUUGGCCACAGGAGAGGACAGACUAGGAAGUCUGCUGCUGCUGAAAGCAGAUGUGAUGAAAUCCAAGUGGUACAGAUAAAGGAGGAACCUGCCUGUUUUGAAGGAAGUGAGAUGAAUGAACACACUAACUGGUUUAAGCAAGAAUAUGUGAAAACAGAGAGGAACUGGGAAGAAGUUGAUAAUAGGAUGAAUAUGACAUUAGGAAUACGAAGAAAGAUGAUUAAUAAUAAGGCACCUUUGAAAGAAAUUCUGCGCCUGUUUCCAUUUCUAAGGUGUCCUUAUCAGCUUUUUAGGGAGUUUCACCUCCUGACACACAUGGAUAUUUAUAAAAAAACAGUUGAGAUUUUGGAGAUGUAUUCUGAAAACAUAUUGUCUCUGUACUCGGUGAGGAAUAAUCCAAUUAAUGUUAUGCUGCAAGAAAAUCUGAAACAGCACAUGGAGGAAGACAUUCUGAAAUAUAUGAAAAUGACGGCCACUUGUUUACUGCUGCCAGACGCCUUUGGAGAUGACACCAGUCUGUUUGUUGCUGUGAAUGAGGAGGUGAAGGUCUCGACACCAGUGUUGGAAGUGAAAAACCCCUUCAAUGUUAAUACGUGUGAGUUUGCUUUGUAUGUGGAAAAAGAGAAACUGGCUCAGCUUGAUGAUUGUACAAUGGCACUGGCUGCUCUGCUGGCUGCGUUCCAUGUGUUUGACAUCCAGUGUCCAGAAAAGAUCCAUAACACACUUAACUUUCUAGAGUCACUGAUCUUUGAGGUGAGAUGUCCGCAGUCUUUCCCAGUGAAGGUAAAGAGAGAACUAGAAGAACUUGAAUGUCUGACCAUUUGAUAACAGAUGUGAUACUCGUCUCAGGGGAAUGCCUUUGGAGCACUGUCAAAAGAAAUCUUUGGUUGUGAAGAUAAGUCAGUGUAAUUCUUUCCAGUGGAAGUGUAUGAAUAUUUAUAAUACAGCUGUGUUUUUACAAUACCUGUUUUUUAUUGUAUGGGCUGCUGUUAUUUUUAAAAUUUAAAACCUGAGCAUUUUCAUUAUUUUUAAUGAAAAUUCUAGAGACAUUUUUGUGUUAGAAAAAUAGUUUUAUAGUUCACUGUAACUGCAUUAUUUUUCUGAUAGAGCUUUUUUACUCCAUUUGGAUCAAGUUUUGAUUAAGUUAAAGGUAAGAAACUCACUUGUGAACUAAUUUACUUUUAAUACUUUACUGCCUCAGUUGUUUAUAUUCCUUGCAUUUGGAUUCAUGGUUUGAUGUGGGUGUUUUUCCUUGAAGUGAUACAAGUUAAAGAUUUGCAAUUAAGAGGUAAUGUGGUUUCACUGUAAUACGAUCAUUGAAAGUACUAUAAAUAAGUAUUUUUCCAUUUAAAAAGUGCUGCGUCUGAGGUUUAAUUUGCAGACACUGGAUCUGUGGA